CUUUAAAUUGGUUUUAGUUGAUUUUUUAUUAAUUUUUCAUUAAAGCGUUAGCUGUCAUGUCAAACAUUGAGAAACGGCGGAAUUGGAAAAACAUUGAUAAGACCUUUACAUUCGGUAUCCUCUCAGAUCAUAGGUAAUCUUAUUUCGUGCUCCAACUUGAUGAUACUAUUACAAGGAGGAUACAAACCGCGAUACCAUUAUCAAUUAUGGAAUUAAUGUUUUGAAAAAUCAGUAAAUUCAUAGAACCUAUUCAUAAAAAAAAAGAUAGGGCAUAGAUAUAUAAGCAAACUUUGUUUAUAUGGGAUAGGCCAUGUUGCCUUAUCAUGCUUUUAUGAAAAUGCUAUUCUAAGGUACGAUAUUAUGUGUAUGAUAUCAGUAUAAUGUAAAAAUCCAGAAAAUAAUUUUACAAAUUUUCAGAUUUUUCCAAAAUAUUGACAAUCCAGUGACACUGACUUUUAGAUUUAUAAAUUUAACUAAAAAAAUAAAUAUAGUAAUAAUAUCAGACAUCUGAUUGAAGUUAAUACUUUUUUAUUCAUUUUUAAUUUACAUGAAUCAUUAUUUUAUAAAACUUUAAAACAUGUCAGCGAGAAGUCAGAUAAAUACAAUGGGUUUGUCAGAGGUAAUUGUUUAAAUAACAGUAUAAACUUGAAUGUAUAAUACUAUAUCAUAUUUUUUUUAUAUUUUUAAGGAAGUACAACGACAUUCUGUUCACACUUUAGUUUUUAGGUCUCUCAAAAGAACUCAUGAUAUGUUUUUAUCAUGUCAAGGAAUGCUACCACCUAUAGACGAAGAAGCGUUAGUCAAAUUUAUAUUUUACUAUUAAUAAUUAAAAAUGUAUAUCUACUUUAAUAUUUAAUCAAAUAUUAUAUUUUGUCUAUAGUGAAAAAAUUAAAAAACUUGUCAAGGCACGUGAUUGUUAUGGUCUUGUUUUUGACAAAGUGGAAAAAAAUAAGAUAAAUAUGAAGAAAUCUCAACCAAAUCUUCCUAAAUCUGAUACUGUUGAUACUUUUAAAGAUAACUUACAACUAGCCAUAAGUAAGAUGACAUUAUUAUUAUUGUUUAUAAUUAAAUAUUAAAAUGUUAAAUAUGUUUAGCUGAUAAUCCUGAGAAAAUAAACAAAAAUACAGAAACUAGCAUGGUGUUAUCAAGUCCAAGUACACAAAAUAUAGCUGCUGCUAAUCGACUUAUUAAUCAUAUAAUGCCGAAACCAAAAUGGCAUCCACCUUGGAAAUUGUACAGAGUUAUUUCUGGACAUUUGGGUUGGGUGAGAUGUGUUACUGUUGAACCAGGCAACGAAUGGUUUGCUACUGGUGCUGCUGAUCGAGUUAUUAAAGUAUAAUGUCUUUUAUUAUUGUUAUUAAAUAUAAAUACUAGUUAAAUUUAUUGUGAUUUUAGAUUUGGGAUUUAGCCACUGGCAAAUUGAAACUUUCCUUGACUGGUCACGUGAGCACCGUGCGCGGUCUACAAGUCAGUCCUAGACAUCCAUAUUUAUUCAGCUGUGGUGAAGAUAGGCAAGUGAAAUGUUGGGAUUUAGAACAUAACAAAGUAGUCAGACAUUAUCAUGGACAUUUGAGCGCAGUUUAUAGUCUUGCAUUGCAUCCUACUAUUGAUGUAUUAUUAACUGCUGGACGAGAUUCUACAGCCCGAGUAUGGGACAUGCGUACAAAAGCUAAUGUACACACACUUACUGGUCAUACUAAUACAGUGGCCAGUGUUGUAGCUCAAGAAUUUGAACCUCAAGUAUAAUAAAACGAAAAAAAUAGUUUAUUUAAUAUUUAUUUUAAUUUGGUUUAUUAUUAUUAUUUUCUAUUUAUAAUUUGGUAAAUUUUUAUUUAGGUUAUGACUGGAUCUCAUGACUGCACGGUUAGAUUAUGGGAUUUAGCUGCAGGCAAAACUCGAGCAACUCUUACAAAUCACAAAAAAAGUGUGCGAUCACUUGUUUUACAUCCAAAAGUGUAAAUUAAAAACACAAAAAAUUAAAAACAUAUUAGAAUUUAAAUUUUAUUUUUAUCACUAUGUUUAGAUACAUGUUUGCUAGUGCAAGUCCAGAUAAUAUAAAACAAUGGACUUGUCCAGAUGGGAAAUUUGUACAAAAUCUUACUGGACAUAAUGCUAUAGUUAACUGUUUGGCUGUAAAUUCUGAUGGUGUUUUAAUGUCUGGAGCAAAUAAUGGCUCAAUAUAUGCUUGGGAUUGGAGAACUGGUUAUAAUUUCCAGAGAAUGCAGGUAUUUAAUAUUAAUGAUAUGAUUGUAUGAAUAUACUAUACUAUAUCUUGCAUAUUAAUUAACUACGUGAAAGAAAAUUGUUGAAUGUAUGAUUUUUAAUUAGGCUCCUGUACAACCUGGUUCCAUGGACAGUGAAGCCGGAGUAUUUGCUAUGGCAUUUGAUCACAGUGGUACUAGACUCAUUACAGCUGAAGCUGAUAAAACUAUAAAACUUUACCGAGAAGAUGAUACUGCCGUAAGUAUAUUUACUAUAAUAGACCUUAUAUUCAUAGAUAUACUAUGUAUGAAUCAGCUCUGGUAAUGUUUGUUUUUUGCUAUUACGAUAAGUAACUGACACAAUGGUAGAUAAUAAAGGAAUGAAUAGGAAAUUAAUAUUUGGUUCUUAAUUAUAAGAAACUGAGGUAAUUCUUUUUCCUUUUGUAAUAAAUAUGAAAAUAAAUAUUUUAUGUUUAAUUUUUUUAGAAUUCAAAUUUUACGGUAGCAAUCUAAAAUAAUUGAUAAUUUAAGCGUUUCGAUUUUAAAACUGAAUAGAUUAAUCUAUUCUAUCAUUUUAGGAAAGUAGAUAUAUUUAUGUGUGAUAGCAUAUUGCACCUAUAUAAUCAUCUACACCUAAUUAACAUAUUUGUUAUACUAUUAAAAAUUACUAUUUUGGCGUUUAAUAAACAAUAAUAAUAAUAAUAUUGAUAACAGAAUCGUUAGGAGUACAAAUACUACAAUUGUCUUGAUUUUUGGCUUCCGUUGGCCAUCAUUCCGGAAACUAAACCCUAUCUAUUUCUUCAUUAUCUGUGGACACUAUAUAAUAAUAUCACUAUUGUGUGUUCUUAUCAUUUUAAUAUGUUAGUGUGUUACAAGAUGUAUGUAGGGAGAAUAGAUCUAUGAGUACCUAUAUCAUAAGUAUUUAGUCACUUUUUGAUUUUCUGUGUUGUUUUUUUAAUAAGCAAAACCAAAAAAUAUAUGUAUAAAGAACUGAAAAAUUUAAGAAAAUAAUAUCUUUAUUGUUUACAAUUUUUUUUUUUUUUAUUGUAAUUUAGUUAAAAAUAUUCAUAGAGACUUAAAAUUUUGACAAAAAUUUAUACUUUCUUUUUGUAGAUGUGGUAAAAUGUUUAAAACAUUUAAGCCAUUUUUGAAUUAUUUAUAAAUGUUUUAAUUUUUAAAUUUUUUUUAGUUUUUUUUUAUUUGAUAGGUACUCUGUAGAUAAAAUGGUUAGACUUAACAGAAAUGCUUGAAGAUUUGACAGGAGGUUCAUUAUAAGUCGUACUUUCAUACUUAUUGGAAAAAAAAAUUAUUGUAAUGUAAUAUUAUUUUUUUUUUUUGUAAUUGUUGAAAUCAAAUUUUGACAUAAAUCAUAAAUAUUACAGCCUUUUAAGACAUGUAUAACUUAACAUUACUCUGGAUCGUUUUUUUUUUAGCCAUGUUUUAUUUUUGGUCACAGGUAUAAAUUAAAUAACUUAAUGUAUCCUACCUUUUUAACUACCCACCUAUAACAGUGUCUACGCCUAUCCUGAAUUAUCAGUUAUUUUUUAAAAUCAUUUAUAAAUAUAUAUUAAACACAGUAGAUAAUUUAAAAAUGAUAAUCAAUAUUUGUUCAACAGUUUUUUAUUUAAAAUAUUUCUUUUUUUUUAGACUGAAGAAAGUCAUCCAAUCAAUUGGAAGCCUGACAUAAUUCGAAGAAGGAAGUAUUGAUGUUUUUAUAUUUUUAUCUACCAUUGUAACAUUUUAAUAAAUAUAUAAAAACUAUUAUUUUUUUGACAAAA